CGGAAAGUGCCAGAGUGUAGAAAUUAGUAUGGCGCUAUCCGUACGGCCUUGGCACCGCUCGAUUUCUAUAGAGAAGCUGGCGGCCGGUGCUAGAGGCUUCUGAGUUCUCGACUCUUGAAUUCCGUGGAGGCCACAAGGCCAUGCUGGCUUGGCGCGUGGCGCGCGGCGCGUGGGGGCCCCUUCGCGUGGCCGUCCGGCCUCCGGGGGCGCGGCUCGGCAGGGGCGGCUCCCACAGGGCGCUGCUGCCGCCCGCGGCCUGCUGCCUGGGCUGCCUGGCCGAGCGCUGGCGGCUGCGUCCGGCUGCGUUCGCCUUGCGGCUGCCUGGUGCCGGCCCGCGGACCCAUUGCUCCGGCGCGGGGAAGGCAGCCCCGGAGUCCGCCGCCGGAGGAGGUGCCGCCGCGCAGGCCCCCAGCGCCGGGUGGGUUCCGGCGAGCGCCGCCAGCUCGUAUGAAAAUCCAUGGACAAUCCCAAAUUUGUUGUCAAUGACGAGAAUUGGCCUGGCCCCGGUGUUGGGCUAUCUGAUUCUUGAAGAAGAUUUUAAUGUUGCACUAGGUGUUUUUGCUUUAGCCGGGCUAACGGAUUUGUUGGAUGGAUUUAUUGCUCGAAACUGGGCCAAUCAAAAAUCAGCUUUGGGAAGUGCUCUUGAUCCACUUGCUGAUAAAGUUCUUAUCAGCAUCUUAUAUAUUAGCUUGACCUAUGCAGAUCUUAUUCCAGUCCCACUCACUUACAUGAUAAUUUCAAGAGAUGUAAUGUUGAUCGCUGCUGUGUUUUACGUCAGAUACCGAACUCUGCCAACACCGCGAACACUAGCUAAGUACUUCAAUCCUUGCUAUGCCACUGCUAGGUUAAAACCAACAUUCAUCAGCAAGGUAAAUACAGCAGUCCAGUUAAUUUUGGUGGCAGCUUCUUUGGCAGCUCCAGUUUUCAAUUAUGCUGACAGCAUUUAUCUUCAGAUACUAUGGUGUUGUACAGCAUUCACUACAGCCGCGUCAGCAUACAGUUAUUAUCACUAUGGUCGGAAAACUGUUCAGGUGAUAAAGGGCAAAUGAGAGGCACCCAGAUCCAGCAGCAAGGAAGCAACUUGUGUCAUCGGCAGCAGCGCCAGCGAAAGCUACAGGACUUUCCCGAUCUUGGUGGUCAGCUUGCGAAAGGUCUUGUCAGACAAACCAUGUCUUCAAAACCGAAGAAAUGUACAUCAAAAAUAAGCUCGAUCAUGGGCCUAUACAGAAUUUCCAGUGUAUUUUUAAAUACAAAUAAAACUAUAAUGUAGAAUUUUUAAUCUUA